AUGGGUAGUGGAGCUCUUGAAAUGAAUUGCAAAAAGAAUGGAGAAGCUGAGAACAGUCUCAACAUGCUAGCUUGUCAAGCUCCGGCAUGCGACAACUUGCUUUCUGAUAACAAUGAUGCAGUUGUUGACCUAGAGAAGCUAUCACAAAAACAUCUUGAUGAGAGCAAGUUUGAUGUGCACUUUAAAUUAUGGGCUCUUCGAAUCCCUUGCCAACAUUGCAAGAUUGCCUCUCAAAUCCUCGAUGGUUACUUGUUUGACAAGCCCCGAGUCAAACCCAUCAUUGAGGACCCUACCUGUGACAAAAAUCGUUUCCUUAUACUCUCUGACAAAGUUCAGAAUCAAGAUUUAUCUGAUAUUCCAAAUCAAAAGGUUGAUGAGCUUAAUGGCUUGUGUAAGAUUGAAGUUGUGUCCUAUUCUUUGACACUAGGGUAUUCUUAUUGGAGUGCAGAUUAUGUGCUGAAGCAGAUAUUACCUAUUGGAGUGGAGGGUAAUGUCACUAAGAAGCAGAUGAGGAAUUUGGACUGUAAAGUUCUGUUACAACCUUGCCUACUUUGCAAGGAGUAUGGGAAAAGGAGAAUCAAAACUAUUGUCAAUAAAGUUGGAACCAUUACAAAUGAAUUUCGUGUGCCAGAGUUUGAAAUUUUAGCAGGAGAGCAUAAUAUGAUCACAGAAGUGAAGCAAUAUGGUGCCACUUUUAGGCUUGAUUACGGUUUGGUUUAUUGGAAUUCAAGAUUGGAACAUGAACAUAAAAGGUUAGUCUCAAUGUUCCAAGCCGGGGAGACCGUUUGUGACAUGUUUGCAGGCAUAGGUCCUUUUGCCAUCCCUGCAGGGCAGAAAGGAUGCAUAGUCUAUGCAAAUGAUUUAAAUCCAGAUAGCAUUCACUAUCUGAGGAUAAAUGCCAAAAUCAAUAAGGUUGAUGAUCAUAUUAAUGCAUGCAACAUGGAUGCUAGAAAAUUCAUGUCCCAGCUGAUGGAAGUGCCAAAUACUGAGGUUACAUCAGCACACUUGCCGCCCAAGGUUCCUAUUUUGGAUUCUUGUCAAACAUGCAGGAUACAAGACAGUGCUGACUCAAAUUCUGAAAAUGAGUUGCUAACUGGGAAUGGAGAGGCUCAUGGAAUCAGCAACCUUGAAGGUGGUAGGGGAAAAGGAAGCACAAACAAGAGAAUGAGAGGCUCUGAAAUCUGUGUCACAAAAACUUGGGAACAUAUUGAUCACAUAAUAAUGAAUCUGCCUGCAUCUGCUGUUCAGUUUCUAGGCAAUUUGUCUGGCACCCCCUUGGUUGAUGUAUUCAGGGGAUUAAUCCAGAAGAAAUAUUGGAAAGGAUGUCUACCAUUGAUCCACUGCUAUUGCUUCAUUAGAGCGACUGAAACUCCUGAGACUAUAAUAGCUGUGGCAGAAUCUGCUUUAGACGCUCCUAUACAAGACUCAAAAUUUCAUAGGGUUAGGGAUGUGGCUCCAAACAAGGAGGAUGCAUUAAAGAAGAUGGUCCAUAACAUUGCCCUCGGUGAUGCUGAAGAGAAGAUAGCUUAG